CUUUCUCUCUCUCUCUCUCUCGAGUGCUUACUUAUAUAUAUAUAUAUAUAUAUAUAUAUAUAUAUAUAUAGACAGGUACAUGGUGCGCGUGUCCUUCCUCGAAUCGCUUCGAUACAUACUUUAGCUGCAGUUUUCUCCGAGAGAGGAUGAGGCCCCGUAGCAGAUAGCGAACGUCCGCCUUUGCCCUUAACCGCGCGCGCGCGUGUGCUUGUUGACUCUGUAUAACACGGAUAUAAGUAUACUCGCUGCUUCUCGUCGUGACUGUUGAUUGUUGUGCCGCUGUCGAGGAGAGUGUCAGUGCGAGGGACGACGGUUGGAACCGGCUAACUGUGUUCUCUCGUGCGCCGCUGCAGUGAAGUCCUCGAGAUGGCCGAGCGACAGGGACGGAGCCGUUACCUCACCAUCAGCAUCUUGCACAUCAUCACCAUCAUGUGUCAAGCACUUUCGGACAAGCCCAUGUUCGCGGAGCCUAUUCCAAACGUGACAGUAGCCCUUGGGAGAGACGUCAGUCUGCCUUGCGUCAUAGAGAAUCUCGGAACGUUUAAGGUCGUGUGGAUCCACGUUGGCAGGCAGAUGCUGGUCUCGGUGCACAAGCACGUGGUCACGAGGAUCUCGAGGUUCUCCGUGUCGAACGACAAUCAGAAGACAUGGCUGCUGCACAUACGCAGCGUCGAGCAGCAGGACCGUGGCUACUACAUGUGCCAGGUCAACACGAACCCGAUGAUCAGCCAGGUCGGCUUCCUCGAGGUCGUCGUACCGCCCAACAUAUUGGACUCGGAGUCGACGUCGAGCACGGUGGCGGUGCGCGAGCACCAGAACGUCACGCUCACCUGCAAAGCCGACGGCUACCCGACUCCCAAGCUCAAGUGGAAACGCGAGGAUAAUCAGGUGAUACUCGUCGAUCGCCGGACAAAAGUGUUGACGCACGAGGGCGAUCAGCUGAACCUGACGAAGAUCACGCGAAACGAAAUGGGCGCCUACCUCUGCAUAGCGAGCAAUGGCGUGCCGCCGACUGUCAGCAAAAGGAUCAUCGUGGACGUUGAGUUCUCGCCGAUGAUCUUUGUGCCGAAUCAACUGGUGGGCGCACCGUCCGGCACCAACGUGACGAUCGACUGCCAGACAGAGGCUCACCCGAGAGCCAUCAGCUACUGGAUGUUCAACAACUCGAUGGUCUUGUCAAGUGAGAAAUACGCGACGGAAACGGAGCAGAACAGCUACCGGAAUCACAUGCGUCUCACCAUCAGGAAUCUCCAGCCAGGCGACUUUGGCAACUAUCGAUGCAUCAGCAAAAACUCCCUCGGCGAGACCGAGGGUUCCAUCAGGCUUUACGAAUUUUUGAAGCCCUCGAUAUCGCCGAAAGCGACGGAGAUCAAGAGCAGCGCUAACAAAGAAGGACGAAAGAGCACCGCGGCGCCGCCGAGGCGUUCGACGACCGUCUGGCCGUCCCCGUAUUCCCCGUAUUAUCCGAGGCGCACCGAGAGGCCGGCCCUGCGCGAGCCCGAGUACGACAGGCCCGAGGAGAACCGCCGCGGAUCCAGCAGUGCCCACAGUACAACAGGAAGCUCGUACAUCAUCAGGUGGAGUGCGCCCCAGCUGAUGGUCGUCGCCGUGCAGUACAUCCUGACCGGGCCGUACAUGCCGCCUUACGUUCCCCAAGCCGCGAAUUGAGCGACGCCUCACCUCUUCCUACUACUCUCUGCCGACACUGAAACUGCAGGGUUGCCGCUGGACCCACUACACCGGCUUCUGCUGGGACAUCGAGCCGUGGGGACGACGAGGGCAGGACAGCAGCAGCAACAGCCACACACACGUUCUCCUCUCCCAUUCCACCUCAUUCGCGAGCGGGAUUUUGCGUCUGUGUGCGCGACGAUGUAAAUGAGUUUCCUUCGUUAUGGAUUGCUCGUGAUUUCGAGGUGAUGCAUCGGUCUAACUUUUUUAUUGAUUGAGAGCGUGGGAGUGAAUGGCUUGACGGGAUCCUCGGAAAGGAGAGCCGUUGCGCCGUUGCACACCGCUGUUAUCAUUACCCGCUCCGCAGUUUUAUCUUUGCUAAUAUACGUUUCGCUGAUUUUUUACUGGAAAUCGCGAUUGCUCUAAUUCCGAAAGGAGCGACUUGUCGGAUAUCAACGCGGACUGUAUCGCAAAUCGAAUAAUUAUUCCGCUCCCAUCAGGUUCCACGAUUGUUUCUGCAUGCGACCUCAAAUUUACGAGCACUCUCUGUCAAAUUAUUAAAUUUUGCAUUCCUUCGACCGCGAGGUGAAAAUGUCUUUCACGAAUUUUGCGUUAACUGUAAGCAGUCUGUUAUCGUUUGAAGACUUGAUCCAUUUAUUUAUCGUAGAUGUAUGCGCUCGAGUAUCGGAUGUAUGAAUCGAUAAGAGCCUGGAAUAAACCAGAGCCAACGAAUGCAAGAUGCCACGGCGCUCUCAUAAUCCAAUAACCGAACCUUUUUAAAAGCGAUUGUAAUAUUCUAGAGAAAUAACAAGAUCAAUUGACGACCUAAUGAAAACUGACACCGGAUUCGAUCGGCAGUUUGCAGCUUAAAUAGCAAAAUAUCAACUCAACUUCGAAAUCCACUCGCAAUUAUCAGCAUUUAAUCUCGAGCUCGAUCCAGUUCAAAAUUAUUUAUAAAAAAAGAAGGUCGACGUACCCGCAGCUGAUGACCGAUAAAUAACCCAAUCAUAAGCGUCGAGGCUAAGCUCGAUUUAUCCCAAUCUGUCGGCGACGAGGCGUGAAAAGUGGGACGAGACGUAGAGCGCUUUCCUCCCUCAUAAGCACGAGUGGCUCAACACAGCAGCAGUGGCAGCAUCAUCGUCGCGCUUGGUCUGAAAAAAGACUCCGGAAAAGAUCAGCCGAAGAGGCAAAAAGAUCGCCAGCCGCGAAGUUAUAUCUCGCUCUCUCUCUCUUGAGAGAGAGAGAGAGAGAGAGAGAGCUCGCGCGCUCGAGUUUGAUUAAUGCUGCGUGCCGAGAGAGGCCAUGAAAAAUGGCAGCUCGUUCGCGGCUCACUUUGCUACUGCUACUCCGUCGUGAGAGCCUUCUCUCCCUUUAUGCCUCCAUCCAUCCGGUAGCCGAAUUCUAAAAGCGUGAAGAAUGAGCCCGCGAGAGAGCGACAGGAUCUGCGAGAGAUACAAUUAUAUUCGGACGAAUAGCCGGACUAAGAGUUCUUGGCUCGGCACUUUGCGGCCGAGUUUGUCAACGAUCGUCGCGAUUGAGCGCGUCAGAGGCUUCAAUUGGUUCAGUGAUCGACGAUAUUUCAGCAGCACAGCGCGAUUAUUCGUUAUUUUUCAAAAAUAAAACAGCCAAACCGCUAUCUUUCCCAAUACCGAAAAUCCGCCUCGAACAAUCGAACGACUCCCCGCUGAGCAGCCAAGCAUGGCUAUCCGCGCGCUUGUGUACAUCCCGGAAACUUUGCGAAAAACGCGUGGCCUGUGGCGAGAAUCAAUACAACGAACGCAAGAGCAGCCAAAGAUAGCGGCGCGCGCAUCCCAUAAACUUUUCGGCAAACAUAAACAAACCCCGAAGCUCGGAAACUUGGCCCGAUAAGAAGCUCGCCCCCUCUCCGGAAGUCGAUCGGAUGCACUCGUCGGCAAAAAAAAAAACAACUCGAUACCUGGCACACACCUUGCUGUGUACGCGACGCGUACUCACACACACAUACACACAGAGGGAACACGUAUCGCGGCGUAAUCUAUGUUGCGCCCGAGGCUGGUAACAGUAGCAACAGCAGCAGCAGCAGCAGCAGAGAACUCGCUCGGAUGCGGGGGAUUAUGUUAAGCGAUGCGUGAGCGGCCACAGUCCGCGCCAACCGAGGCGUAACAGAGAUACUGCUCGGUGACGUUGUUAUAUCGCGCGACGCGCGUUUAAUGGCCGACCGCGUAUCGGCGCCGCCGCGACGCACGCAUUACGAUUAAUAAGCAUAAAAUGCACUGGGCACAACCCACUCACCUAUAUAUUCGCCCGUCGCGCGCUCUCUCACUCUCUCUCCCCGCGUAAAUUCCAACAGUACGCUGGAGCCGUGAGCUGCGAUGUCCGCUUUAUUAUAAAUAAAAUCGAGAGCUGGUCUUCGAUAUACCAUAUGUUAUACGCUUCUUCUAAUUCGAUACGGACUUCUGCAUAAUUUAAGCAGCAGGACGGAUUGGACUUCCGAAGCAAUGAAAUUCUGCCGGCAAAAGUUCUUGAUAAAGUACCGCUUGAUACGAGGUAAUAGUAACAAAUUCGCGAUUCCCACGUAGUCGAGGGGCAGAGGUAAAGUUUCUUAGCUUUAGAACUCGUAAAAAGAGGAGGGAAAACAUGAGUUAAAAGAAAAAGUUUCAUCUUCGCGCAGAAGAGCAGCUCCGGAAAAUAAAAAAAAGAAGCUCUCGCGCUCGAAAUUUACCGUAUAGCUUUUGAAAUGUAUGAUCGCCAGCUCUGAUUAGUCGAGGGAAGGAGCUCGGCCUUUAGUCGCACUAUUCGAAAUAUGGCCUUAAAAAAUUUAACACUCCGAUAUAAGCUCCGUUACUUUCCACAAAGACUUUGAUUAGAGCAUCAAAAGUCGAAUGAAAGGCACUAUAUAUAUUUAACCCCAUCAAAGCUCGCCGACGACCUCGGCGCUAUACGCCAUCGGCCAAUAAUCGCCUUCCGAUUCGAAAACAAAAAAAAACGAAGAAGCAGGAAAAAAGAACAGCAAAGUGCGAGAGCGUAAGAAAGGACGCGGAGUGAGAGAGAGAAAGAGAAAGAGAGAGAGAGAGAGAGAGAGAGAGAGAGAGAGAGAGAGAGAGAGAGAGAGCGUGCUCUUCGGAAACGUCGAGAGUUCUAACUAUUUACGAGCCACUGCGUCUACUCCCGCGCUAUAGCGUCGAUCGACCGAGCUCGCGUCGAGGGCUCCGAGUUUUACGGCGAGACAUUACCUCACCCCCUCGGCCCGUACGUUCGUAAUAAACCGACGGCGCACAGACUGCGCCCGAGCGCAAAAAUGUGCGCCCGGCCUGUAUCGCCCCGACCGCGAGGAAGGGAGCUCACUUCGGAAAGGUAAACAAAGACCUUAUAAAAAGUCGGCGGCGGUGGUGGCGGCAGCCUCGAAUGCUUAAGAAAUUCUUGAUUCCGCGUCGGCCGAGAUUUAUAGCCCGCACGGGCUGGCCCGCCGGAUUUGAUGGAGCGGAAUUUUCGCGCUCGGCUUGCGCGCACAGGCAAAAGCUUUAAUAAAAUAUCCGGCCGGCAGAGAGAGAAAGAAACGGAAAUCCCGCUCGGAAUUAAGCCGUGUGAGCUGCCGGCGCUCUGCUGCCGAUGGUGCUUGCGCGAGUGAUCGGCCGGAUACUUUGAUCUUGAAUACGAACGUUUUUUCUUUUUUUUUUGAAAAACGAGCCUUGAUAUACCCUUUUUCUCCCUCACUGCUGUAGCUGCGCGAUUUUUUUAAUUAAACGAAAGCUCGGCGCGCGAUAAUUUAUGAAAAAAGCCGACGGGGAGCGUUGCUUUGCAAAAGUACGUUUGUUGCCCGAUGCGCGUCGAGCACGGAAUACGAAUCGCCUCGAAUUAUUCAAAUAUUUUUACAUUUUACGCGCUGCGACUCGUAAAUUCGACCGAAUAUUUAUUUAUUCUCGGAGAUGUCGUGCGGAAUUCAUUACAUCGCCUGUGGAGCCGCCAAUCGCAUAAUUACGGCUUAGUCGGAGUUUCGUUUGAAAAUUCUUUUUAUUAUAAAAGCCGAAACCAUCAUCGGCUCGAAAUUAAGUUUUUCGAAAAAUCAAAGGCAGCAGCGUUUACGCUAACGGCACCGACUAAUUGCACGGCUUAUUAACUUUGGCAUAUUAGGCUGCUUUUAUAACUUCCUACGUUUUAGUGCGCGGCCCUCUUACACUUUUGCGCUUCUGUAUAAUAUCCCAAACAAACAUUCGGGCAUUAAUGCUUGAUGGUGCAGGAAAUAUACCAAAAACGGGGCUGCUUACACAGAGUGAACGAGUAGUGGAGAGGAUGAGAAGUAUGAUAAAAGCGAGACAGCCUAAUAGAAAGCGGCGUUUUAUUAAGUUUUAACGUUAACGAGCUGCUGCGUAUUUUUUUUUAUUCUUCCUUCAAAAUUAGCAAAAUUGUAAGACCGUACACACGCAUGAGAAAUAAGUAGGCUCGAAUACCGAGAGAGAGAGAGAGAGAGAGAGAGAGAGAGAGAGAGAGAGAGAGAGAGAGAGAGAGAGAGAGAACUUUGAGAAGAAAGGGGCGCGCGGAGCGACAAUACACCUCGAGUGCGCCGUUAUCUCGCAACUUCUUAAAUGCUCAGGCCAGCUUCUUAACUUUCUUUAAAAUCAAGUAGGUCAGAAAGGGCCUAUUACUCUCGCGGAUGUGUAUACACACACACAUACGGCUAUAUGCGCGAAAACUGACCUGGUUGUAAAUUUUACGAGACGGACUGCUAAGGUUAUUUGGAGCAAAAACGGGAAAGAAAGAUUUUUAAUGCGGAGGAAGAAGUACGCCUCGUAUUACGUGUAUGCGGCCUCUUGACAAUGCGGCGGAGAAGGAAGUUGUAGAGCGGUGAAAAAGUUUUUGAGAAAUCCCCGCUUCAAAGAUAAGUAGAAGAACUGCUUAGGAUAAUUAAUGAAGAAUAAAACAGCCCGUACAGUUCACGCUCUAAAUUAUCACGUUCGCGAGAGUACACGCGUGACAAGCUCAUUGAUGGUCGAGCAAUCUUGCUAUACAGCAGUGCGACACAAGUAGAGAACUGGGACCUCUGCGCACAGCCGUACAUACCUAGCUACAUGCGCGUCGACAAAAGAUUCCAGCGCAGCGUCGAGUACUGCGCCCGCGUUGGCCAUUAUGAAUGGGCCGUGUGUUAAACGAGGCGGGAAAAGCUCGCGUCGGGGGCUCACGAGGCUCUUACAUUAUUCCGAAUACAGCGUGCGUAUGCAUCUCUGCGUGUGAAUACCGCUUGACUGUGUACAUUGUAGCCUCGGGAGAAGUAGCCCGGUGCACUGCAUCCGCGCGAGGCCGGACAAAGCCGAGCCGAUGCUAUAAUGCACACAACGCGUGUGUCACUCGCGAGACAGACCGGUCACGGGGUCGUCUUUUCUGCCUUCGCCUUUUCUCCGUCUUCUUUUCUGCGACGCUGCUUCUGUUUUUCUCGUUCCUGCCUUCUUUUCAAUUAAUUAUUCUUCGCAGCGGCUCGUUCUCGUGAAUCACGUGUGUAGCUGUUCUUUUUCACAGAUUUUACGAGAUAAGAUGGGGUGAAAUGUGUGUCGGAUUUCGAUAAUCGAUGUACUUUUAACGUAUUCUGACGGGCGACGGUUUGGUCAAUCUAAGCUACAUGAAUAAUUCUCAGAAAUGUUGUAUUUAGACAUACAUUCCCAAUCCAGUCCAAGUUCGAUGAAAGUUAGUCAGAGUUAGAUGUUGAAUCAAGAAAACAGAGAGAAAAAACAGGGCUCGAAGACAACUUUUUAGUGGGUCGCGACUCCGGCGUUGAAGCAAGAGCGGCGCCGGAAAAUUCGUAUUUACAUGCGCGCUAAAUUUUUCACGCUCUGCAGAGAAAUAUACAUCGCGCGAGAGUGAGAGAGAGGGCGAGUUAACUCGGCGGAGGGUAAACGCUUACGUCGCACGGCGCCGCCGCCGGAACAGCAAACGCGUCGCUUUAGAAGCGCAAGCUUCGUGCAUUUAAAGUGAAAUAGUACCCUCAGGAUCUAGGCUCUAGCGCGCGUGAAAAACUUGCAGCGCGCAGUUUUGUCGCAAUUAUAAUCCGAGCUUUCGUUAUACAUUCGCGCGCCCUUCUAUUUGUUUAAGCGCGGCUCGAUGCGAUUAGCGGGGCUUUUGCAUUCGUCGAUACGUGAUUUAACGCCGUUGCGAGGUAUUUAUCAUUCAUAAAGACUUUGCGAGAAAAAAAUUUAUUCGCUAUCUAUAAUUCCGUAUUCGGUCGUAGCUAUAAUUAUUGAAACCACUCGUCGUAAAUUCAGAAGGGAUUAAUUUUUUUUCAUGAGAGAAAAAAAGAAUAACACAGUACACCAGCCAUCGCGAAAGCUCAAAAACUAAUCCAUCCGUUAAUCGCUGAACUUCGCGCAGUAGCCUCGGCCAGUGAUUCGGAAUAACCGUUAAUGGAAUUCCCAGAGAGGGAGGAGUGCAGAAAAUCGGACGGCCGACUCUGUAUAUACUGUUCUGGCCUUUCGGCGGUCGGCGCGAGUUUCGUCGGCCGCAAAAGCCCGGCGCGCACUGCGGCGAACUAACUUCUUGCGGCCGAGCCGGCCUGAAGAAAAAGGGAACGGCCGAGCAGUUUUCGACGGAAGCCCGAGUUGAGUUGAGGCCCUGCUGCUGUUGCUGUCUCGCGUUAUUUCGUUAAAAAGUUACACGCGUGUAAUACCUUCGAAUGAGCUUUGAGUCGAGCCAUUAGCGAGUCUCGUAUAUCACGUGACGUCCCCCUUUCUAGAGCAGCCUAAGUGAGUUUGUUGAAUCUGAUAGAGUAUAGGCGUGUUACACUGGGCUGAGCGAAUACAUAUCCAGAGUCUACGGGGACGAUGGCGAAGUGUCGCUCUUCUAAGUUGGUCUGAGAGUGAGCUUCGCGCAUCGCUACCCGGUCGUCGAGGAAAGUGUCGGAAUAUUUUAAUUAUAGCCGGAAACUUUUCUCGACGGUAUCGAAAUUCCUUGUGCUUUAGUAUCAUUAGAGCGAGUAUCGUGUGUGGGUGAAUUGUUAUAAAUGCUUCUACGAUGAGUUCUCGAGGUUGUGUAAUAUUAAUCGUCGCGACACAGACGCGCUCCGAUGCGAUGACUCUUUCACACCCAUCUAUGCAUGUAGCAACCCUCUACGACUUUAAAAACUGAUAAAUCGAAUUAUCAAAGUGAUUCGCACUUGAUCACGUGGUGCGAGUCAGUGUUGUUCAAAGCGCCAACGUGAGAAAAAAAAACAAGUUGAAAGUAUUACUGCUUACUUUAAAGUACUGUAAUAUCGGAGAAUCGAAUAAUAAUGACGAAAAAAGUGAAAAAAGUAAAAAAAAAUUAAGUUUUUUUUCGGUGCUCAAAGUUCGAGUGUGUGAAACGAACGAAACAUUUUGACGGAUGACUUUGAUUCCAAAAGAGCGUACGACACAGGCGACUUCGUGCGAUGCAAACCUUAGCGAGUAAGAUACCAAAUAUUGUACAUAGUUUUCUGUAAAAAAACUUUGUUUUCCAUUUUAUGUAUAAAAAAUACAGGUUUUCCUUUGAGCGAUUAUACUUUACUGGCCGGAAAGUCGUUCGUAUAUAUACAUAUAUUAUAUAAAGUAAUACAGAAAAUAUAGAUAACUACCAUCUAGUUAAGCGUUCAAACAGUCGUUAUGAUACACUGUUGUUUUAUCGCAAAUUAAUUUUAUUCUAUAGUUAGAGCGAUGAUGAUGUACAUACCUUUAAAUAAUAUAAAAAGUGCCAAAAUACAUGAUGAUUCUUCGUUUUGGUGAGCAGAUAUAAAUGUAAGAUACUUCCUUCGGAAUGAGCAUUACAAGAUUCAUUUGAAUGGAGUCCACGGAGUAGUAAAGAUGAAACUGAAAAAUUUUAACAUCAAAAAUAUUCAUAAGACUAAUUUUCAUUUUGAUAAACUUUGAAAGCGUUGAUAUUUAUAUUACGAAGGUGUAUACAAAGAUUUUUUAAUGUGAAACUUUUGCGUUCGUUCAAACAAUCAAAGAAAUUCAAAGAAUGAAAUUUUGAAACUCGCCAUUAAUUUCUCGCACGGAUUUUACUACUUCGUCCCCUGGUACACAACAUUUCUGUCGUACAUGAAUAUAUAAAUGAAUAUCUAGUAAUCAUACUUUCAGAGCAGUUUCAUGCGAAAUAACGAUCAGUUGGAUAAAGCAUUUAAUCCGAAUCUUGCGUUUUCGUACCUCGAAGUAUAAUACCACCGUUAUCACGAAGAUCAGAAGUAGAAAUUGCAUUCGAGAUAUUAAAAAAAUAAUAUAUGGAGACUUUGCGAGUCGAUGCGCACGGAUUACAGCGUUGUGUAAAUAAAGUAAUGUGAAUAUAUUUGUAUGGGAAUCACUUGCUACGCUUGAAAAACAUUAGGAAGAAAAUUAACAGCGAGGGGCAUAUUACAGAGUAUCAUCUUAUGCUUUUAAAUGUGUAUACCCCAUAACUCGCUAUGUAUAAUGUCGAAUACGUCAAUGUUGCUACGUUGGAACCUUAUACGAAUAACGUAAAAACAAUGAAUCAUGUUAAGAAUAUUUCAUUCCGUUUGUAAAAAUGACAAAUUAAUGAAAGCUCAUGAUGUUUGCGCAAAACGUUCGUUUUUCUGAGCAGUUACGUUGAUAAAUUGUCAAUUAAGGGUAAUUUUCGUUUUAUCUGUAUCUAUAUAUUUUUCAUCGUUCUCGACGACUGUUACAUACAUAUAUUAUAUUAUACAUAAAAUAAAUAUAAUAUGAUCGUUUUAGUUAUUCUUUGAUUGAAUGGCUCAGGUUUAAAGUGCUGAUCGUGCGUCGUUUGAAAUAGUAUAUUGUGCAACUAGGGGGGGGGGGAAAGGGCGAUUUCUAACGAGGGUGAGAUUUGAGCACGACUUGGAGUCGAGGGCGCCGAAAGCGCCUAAGACGGAGACGAGUGCUCAAAUUUCACCCGAGGUAGAAAUUGCCACCCCCCCCCCCCCCUUGUUGCACACUGUACUUUUUUUGACAAGUACCUGUGCCUGUAAAGACCCGUUUUCAUGCAUAUAGAGUGAAUGGUAAGUUGCGCAUUUUCGUAAACCACUCUCUUUCAAAAAAUAUCAAUAUUUUUUAAAAAUUUUCAAAAGUUUUCAAAAAUUUGAUUAUUUUUGAGUGUUGUUGAGUGUUUAUGAGUAGCGGGAGAGAAUGGCUAUUCCCUCCCGCACGAUUGAAAUGAGCAGCUUGACAUUCACUUUAGAGGCAUGGAAACGGGUUUUUUUCAUGCACAUGUUAAAAAAAAUUAAUUUCGAAUGUAUAGCGCGACGUUCACCGAUCGAUUCUGUAUUGUGAAUUUCUGUGGAAUAUACACGAGCACUAAUUAGGCGUUGUUAAACAGAAAAAAAUGCGCAUAUCGUUGUGAAUUUAUUUCGCAAUUGAAAAUUUAGCAUAAUUAUAUCCUAGGUAAUAAUCGAGCUAUUCAAUUAACGAACUUGAGGACAUCGUAAAUUAACGUUAGUAUUAUAUCAUUGCGAAAGUAUAAUUUUUGUGAUAAUCGUAUUAUGAACGCAAAUGAGAGCUCAUAACGGCGGCGCAUGUGUGAGCGUUGAAUCGAUACAAGCCACGCGAUGAGAUAUAUGUUAAUAUCGUUCGCAAUAAUAUAUCGAAACUAAAUGAAAUUUUUGUAUAUUUUACUCCCAUUUUCCUUUAUGGCAAUUGAUUAUUAUAAAGUAAAACAAUUAAAGUGAUGAAAUAUAAGAAAAGAAAAACCAA